AUGUGGCUUUUAGCCAGCAAACAGCUGACGAAGUUUUCACAGCUGCCAAGAGUUUCUCUGUUAAAUCAGGGAUAUCAGAACGUGAAACAAGGCUUCCGCCGGAAUUUGGGAAUAUCCGUGAAAGAUGUGGAUGAAAAGUCAAGAAAAAGAAUUGGAUGGUGGCUAAUGGGAUGUGCUGGAAUGUGUUACGGAGCUGUUGCUCUUGGUGGUGUCACCAGAUUAACAGAAUCCGGGCUCAGUAUGGUAAACUGGGAUCUGUUCAAGACGAUGAAGCCACCAUUUGGACAAAAGCAAUGGGAGGAAGAAUUCGAAAAAUACAAAGCAUAUCCAGAAUACAAAUUCAAAUCAUCAAAUCAAGAAAUGACAUUGAACGAAUUCAAAUUCAUUUGGUCAAUGGAAUACGGACACAGAAUGUGGGGUAGAGCCAUCGGAAUCGUCUUCUUGCUUCCGUGUGCAUACUUCUGGGCACGUGGAAGAUUUGCGCCUGAUAUGAAACGACGAAUGGCUUUGGCAACAACCCUUUUGUUGGCACAAGGUGGAAUCGGAUGGUGGAUGGUCAAAUCAGGGCUCGAUCCAUCACAAAAUUCGUCCGAUGUACCGAGAGUUUCUCAAUACAGACUUGCAACUCAUUUGACAAUGGCAUUCGUUCUUUAUUCAAUUUUCUACUGGAAUGGUCUCACACAUCUUUUGAAGCCACAUGAUCUCACAGCAGUUCGAUCGAAACUUGGUGCUCUUCGUGGAAUGACUCAUUGCUCCAAAUUGAUGGUUUUCUCGACUGCUAUCAUGGGAGCAUUUGUGGCCGGUCUCGAUGCCGGUCUUGUUUAUAACUCGUGGCCGAAAUUCGCAGAUAAAUGGAUUCCCGAAAAUAUGUUAUCUCGAUCUCCAGCAUGGAAAAACUUCUUCGAAAAUGACGUGACUGUUCAAUUUGUUCAUAGAAAUCUUGCUUAUCUCACAGUUGUCAGUGUACUGGCCACAUUCCUCAUCGGUAGACGAGCUCCGAUUCCAAAACGUACACGAAUGGCUCUGAAUUUGACGGUUGCUGCGGUAUUUGGACAAGCCGCUCUCGGAGUUUUUACUCUCAUUAAUUAUGUUCCUGUCUGGCUCGCAGCGUGUCAUCAAUCUGGCUCAAUGGCUCUUCUCUCUUCUGUUCUGUGGCUCAGUCAUGAACUUCGUCGACUACCAAAAUAG